CCGAGAGGGCGUGACCGCGGUGGGGAGCCUGUGCUCUGCCAGGUGAGGGACGCGGGGCUCACUGGUCCGCUGGGCCCCCUAGUGGAGAGAGCCUGUCACUGGGCAGUCCCAGCUUUCCCUGCACGUUCAUGGUCUCCCUGGAUCCUGCCUGGCCGGCCGACAGGCAUGUCGGGAGAUGGGGAAGAGGAAGACGCCUUUGGUCCCAAGGAUGUCCUGCUCUAUUCCCCUGACGGCGGCCCCUUUGUGGAGGAGGCGGAGGGGGGCGGCUCUGGGAUGAGUUGGGCUUGGGAACCGAGCACAACCUCCUCUCAGUGGAGCCUGGAGCCCGAAGCCAACGGGAGCAAGCCCCUGGGGAUGGACUGUCAGGAGGACAGCGACCCGGUGGAGGAAGCCCUUCAAGAUUCACAGACGGUGGGCGAGGGUGCAGAUCCUGAGACCUGUAUCCUGGGCCCGGUUGGAGGGGCUCAGGAGGAGGGUGAGGACUCGCUGCUGUUUCCGGAUCUUCACAUCCAGCCUUCUCUUGCGCCCGUGGAGAGGAAAGCACAGUUCUUAGAGAAGCUUCACGUGGCUUUACACGACAUCUUAGCCGAAAACUGGGGGAAGAAGCUUGGCCAUGUGGCCCAGAGCAUCGGACUCACAGGAAAGGGGGAGAAGUCGGUGGAGGCGGCCCCUAAGCCCCGGAAGAUCCCUGGAGAUGAGCUGCCCGAGGAGAGAUCUCCAGAACCCGACCAAGGACUCCCCAUCAACCAUGUGGAGAGCCCCCCUGAGAUGAGAUGGCUCACCCCAGUGGCUUUUCCCGAGUGUCUCUCUGAGGUGUGUGAACAGGGCAUCUUCUCUCGCCUGGCCCUGGAGCAGGAGACCCCUGUGGACUGUACCCUGGACAAUUGUGAGGAGACAAAGGAAGGAGAACAGAUGAAAAGACAACAGCCCGACACUUCACCUUCUUCCCCUAGCUUGGCCCUGGUGAGGGCAAAUAAAAAAAGCAGGCUGUCGACCACCUCCAGAGAGGUGAGGAAGAGGAAAAACCUCCGGGAAGAAGAAUCCUGGAAGAGAAACGAAAGCGGCCGAGCAGGGGGGGCGGACCCCAAGACUCCAGCAAGCCCCUUUCCAAAGAGCAGUCAGGAGACUUGUGGACCAGUGGGAGACGUUGCUGGGACCUCCCCAACCGCUGAAAGAGAGCGUAAGCAAAUGGGAAAGACCCAGCCAUGGACCUGCUCGCAGAAAGCCUCUUCUCUGCAUGAUGCUCUCUUGCCCAACAGGGCUGAAAGUGGGGAGGCCCCUGGUCGCACUCCCAUCAAGGGUCAGAGAGGCACAGUGACUGCUAUGUUAGUUGUGGAGGCCCUGGGUCUUCCUGACGGGGCAGCCAUGUCCAGUGUAAUGUCAGCCUCUAAGACUUCCUGCAAAAGUCCGCACCCCUGCCCACCGGCUGUCCCCUUGGAUUCCCUGCCUUUGACGUCCUCCUCCAGAUUAUCAGAGGAAGUCUCUGGAGAAAAUCAAAAUCUUGGUUUUGCUAUGGUGCCCAAGGCCGUCACUGGCAAUGACGAUGCUUACCUUUCAGACAUUGUCAAGGAACUGGAGUCUGCUGCUGGCAAAGGUGUUGGGGUUGCCUCUGGUGCCAACAGGGGAGAGAUGCUGGGAUCUCCUGCUAGGCCCCAAGGGCUCUCCUCCACAAACAAGCCCUGUGGCCAGCCCGACCUGGAUUUCCCACUAGCCAACUCUUCUUCAAAGGGGCCUGUGGCUGGGGGAGCCAGUUUGGACCCUGAGAAGGCGUCUGAGUCAAGUAAGAGACCCUUGAAACAUCGUAGGAACAGGUCCAGAGCCGCAGAGAAGCCAAAGAGGGGAGUGCUGUCCUCUGCCCAGGAGUGGGGCAGGAACGGAGGAUCCAGAGCGGAUGAUGUGGGAGGUCAGGAACCAGGCCCAGUAAGCAAAAGCAGAGAGGAGGAAGAGCGGACAUUGCCGCGUCUGCCAAAUGGCGUGAAGCUUGUCUGUUACUUAGGGUCUGGGUCGUCAGUCAGACUCCUGGGGGCAGUCAGCCAAGCUUGGGAACCCAAACAGCCCCCACAGUUGGAAGAACUGGAGGACCUCUCGAUAGCCAGCUCAGAGACACCUUCCCAGGGAUCCCAGCUUUCCUCCGCUCGGGCCAGGGGUUCACACCAGGAAAAAGCGCUAGCUCCAAAGGCAACCAAAGAUGUCUCUGGUGAAGGGGAGAAGAAGCCCCCUCAGGUGGGCAAAGCCUCUGCGCCCACACCUGUGGAGAAGCCACAGACCCCAGCUGAGCCCAAGGUGAGGGAACAGAAGAAGCGGCCGCCCAAGGAGAAGCCGCUGCCCGGGCCGGCCCCACCCCUGCAGCUCUCGGGGGAGCAGGUGCGCAGCGCUGUGGCUGACUCCCUGAGGGAGGUGCUCUUGAAACGACUGCAGGAGCCUGCCAACCUGACUGUGGGUGAGGAGGCUGUGAGGGGCAUCGCUGCCAACAUUGAGGCUGCCAUCUUUGACCUCAUGCAAUGCACCGACUACCGCUACAAGACCAAAUACCGAAGCCUGGUGUUCAACCUGAGGGAUCCCAGGAACAAGGACCUGUUCCUCCAGGUGAUCCGUGGAGACAUCACCCCUCAGGGCCUGGUUCGGAUGAGUGCCACGGAGCUGGCUUCCCAGGAGCUGGCCCAGUGGCGGGACCGAGAGGUGAAGCAUGGCUUGGAGAUCAUCGAGAAGCAGCAGCGAGAGGCUCCAAGCUGCCGGGUCACCAAGCUGACCCACAAAGGGGAGAUUGAGAUCCAUCCGGACGUGGACCAGACCCUCACCUUGGAAGAUCUGACUGAGCCGGCCUCCCAUAUGGACCUGAACCUGCGCCACCAGCCGGGGACGGCCGAGUCCCAGUCAGGGCGAGACACGACCGAGCAGCACGAGAGCCACUUCCUGGACCCUGACUGCCGAGUCUGCAUGGGCUGGGAGGCCCCUCGAGGGGGCAGAGGCUUCAACGCACCCAGGAGCACCCCACUCUCCAGGAGCAAAAUCACCAGCACCCCCCAGAAACUCCCCGGCCCCACGUCCUUGCCGCGAGUGGACACCCCCCUGCCCGGGAUGUCCAAAAGCAGAAGUGGCCCUUGGACUCAGCUGCAGGACAGGCCUGAGUUGGCCUUCUGCCCGAGACAGGCUCUGAAGCCAAAGGCUUUGCAGGGCCGGCCACUGUGGGAAGGUGCCCUGGAAAUGUUCUCCAUCAAGCGGUUUGACACGAAAGCCUUCCUGGUUCAUGGCUACAGUAGCCAGCUUAUCCAGACUUUGCCCAAGGUGAUCCGCUCAGCAGGCUGCGUGCUCCCCGAAGCCGUCUGGGAUUACUUGGACAGCAUCUGGUCCACGGAAGCCAAGGAUAUCAGUGUGGUCCGGCUGUGCCCCCUCAGAGCCCACGAUGCCCAGAAUUACAACAUGCUCUACUCCUACCUCAACAACAAGCAGCGCUACGGCAUGGCGGCCAGCAAGCACCUGGACAUGUUUCUGGUGCCCCUGCCGGCCUUCCAGCCCGUGCCCCCCAAGCUGCGCCCACUGGGAGGCCCAGGCCUGGAAGUUACUCACUGCAGCCUUGUGCUGGGACUGAUCCUGCCCAAGGCCCCCCCGGGUGAUCUCCGGCUCAACGGCACCAGCCCCCUGCAGGAGAAGAAGCGCAAGACGGUCACCUUCAAGGAGACGGUGGAGACCAAGUGCUACUCGCCCGGAUUUCGGAGGCCGGCCGGGCUCUCCAAGCCUGGCCCAUCCUGGGCCCCCGGGGCCAGCCUAGAGGGCCCCUCGGCCUGGGACAGCAUUUCGGCUGAUCUCCUGGAAGAGGUGGCUGGGCACGUGGAGCAGGAGCAGUCUGUUGGGGGGAGGGGGCCCUACAGCCUCCCCUUCUGCUGCCAGCAGGAGGUGGCGGGCCCGUGCCCCGAUGGCCCCUGCCCCCUGGGCAGCCUGGCCCCCCAGGAACCCUUGCCCGGCUGGACCCAGCUCAGCGCAGGCGGAAGGAUCCCGAGUCAGCGAGCCCAGCCCUUUUCCGACGGCGUGGGCCCUGGGCUGGUGCCUCUGGGGGCCCCGCUGCACCCCGAGUGUGGGGGCCUGGCCCCGGAGCUGGGGGCCCUGAGCCUCCUGCAGCUGGCUGGCCUGUUCCACUUCGGCAGCCCCCCGGCGGUGGCCCUGGCCCCGGCCCCAAGCCUGCUCUCCCACCCUCCGGCCGCUGACUGUUUCCACUUCCCCGAGCACGCCGCCACCAACUGUCCCCAUGCAGCCGCAGGGGCCGCCUGCCCGCCCCCCCACCCCUCGCUCCUCCCCACUGGGGAGGCCCUGACCCUCAUCCAGCACCUCGAGGCCCUGGUGAAGAUGAAUAGUCAGCUGCAGGCCUCCUUGCAGAUGGCUGGCCCGGACCCCUCCCUCCCCGGGCCUGGGGCCGGGGGGGCCCCGGGGCCUGUGGGGAUGGAGCGCCCCGGGAGGGAGGCCGAGAGCCAGGAGUGCCCACCACCGCCCCUCUUCCUGACCCCUUUUUGUGGAUCUGAGCAGCCUCCUCCUGGCUACUGAGUCUUCCCCCAGGGAAGUCCCUCCAGGCCUCCGUAGUCCUCCCUCCCCCUAGGUGUGAUGGGCUCAGGCCCCUCCUUGGGGCCUCUGGAGUGGAGGGGGCUGUGCCUUCCUCUCUCCCCCAAGUGGGCCUGAGCCACUUUUUAGGCCAGGGUGCCCCGGGGCGGGCACCCGUGCCCUCAUGUUGGCAUUUCCUGUUGUUCUGUUUUUGUUCAGGGUUCAAUAAACCUUUCAGUAUCUUC